GCUUUAUGAACUACCAAUGAGGCGUGUGGGUUUCUGUGGGAAAAUGACAUCCUGACGUCCCUGCAGCUUCUCGCUCGUAAGCAGUACCACCUGCCACCAUGGACGACCUGACCAGAGCCCUGUCAGCCAGCUUCGCGGUCUCCAAGGUGCCCAACAGCACGUCCAGUGCCCACCCCCGCCUGGCCCAGUACAAGAGCAAGUUCAGCGUGUUGGAGCAGAGCGAGAGACGCAGGCGGUUCCUGGAACUUCAGAAAACCAAAAGGCUCAACUAUGUGAAUCACGCUCGGCGUCUGGCCGAAGGAGACUGGGCGGGGCCAGACAGUGAUGAGGAGGAGGAGGAGAUGGAGAAGAAGGAGGAAGGAGACGUGAAGAAGAAGAAGGAGGAGGAGGAGGAGGGGGAGGAGGAAGAAGAAGGGAUGGAGAUAGAGAAGAGGAAGUUACCGAGGCAUUACGCCAACCAGCUGAUGCUGUCAGAGUGGUUGGUGGAUGUCCCUACAGAGCUGGACACUGAUUGGCUAAUGGUGGUUUGUCCCGUGGGGAAGAGAUCACUCAUUGUUGCCUCCAAGGGCUCCACUGCAGCGUACACCAAGGGCGGCUACUGCGUCAACCGCUUCCCCUCUCACCUGCCCGGCGGGAACCGCCACAACUCCGCCCUGGGGAAAGACUACACGAUCCUGGACUGCAUCUACAGCGAGGUGGACCGGACCUUCUACAUGCUGGACGUCAUGUGUUGGAGAGGCCACCCUGUGUACGACUGCCCCACCGAGUUCCGCUUCUACUGGCUACAGUCCAAGGUGGAGGAGGCAGAAGGUCUGGCUGUGAUCACGAAACGCAACCCGUUCCGGUUUGUGAGUCUUCAAAGUACGGAAUGUACUGCAGAAUCCAUCCAGAAGGCGCUGAUCACAGGCUACGACUUCGACGUGGAUGGCCUGCUCUUCUACCACCGCCAGACCCACUACACCCCGGGCAGCACCCCGCUGGUGGGCUGGCUGCGGCCCUACAUGGUGCCCGACAUCCUGGGCAUCCAGGUGGCCGAGGGGCCCCUCACCGCCCGGCCGGAGUACGCCGACCACCAGCUGCAGCAGAUCCUGGAGCACAAGAAGCCGUCGAGCGAGGUGCGCCCGGGGGCCCUCGACGGCGGCUACGAGCUGGAGUACCUGUCCACGCCCAGCGCCCCGGAGCCAGAGCCGGAGACGGCCGCUCUGGCCCCGCCCCCCCCCGUCAUCGGGGAGGCCGGGAUGGAGGGCUGAGCGGUGACUCUGGAAGGGUGGUGGAUGUCUGCCGUCUGGGCCCCGGUGUCUCUCCUCUCCCCUCCCCCUGGAAGCGUGGAGGCGGAUCGGCCUUGGAGGCGAACGGUGGGAGGAUGGUGGGAGGAUGUCGGACCCGGUGUUACUCAAGACCCAGUUUGAUCCUUCUCAGCCGCUCUUCUGGGAUACGGCCUGACUGGAAACCGGACGCUGGGCUUUGAGGUGGAUUUCCAUCGGAAAUCUUGAGAUGAGUUACUGGGCGUUUCUACUGGCGCUUGAUGUUGAAUCAGGGGUUUGAGUCACAUAAUUUUAGGUGAAAAAUGCUAGAUUUUUAAACAAUUGUUUUAAAUUCACUCCACCAGAACACUUCUGCACUAAAUAAAAAAAAAAGUAAUAAUUCGCACACCGCUAAAAACACCAAUUUAAGUUUCUUUGCGAAGUGCGUAGACUAACAGCUACUGUUCCAACUAAUCACCUGCUAUUACGACAUCCGCAUCCGGAGCCACAAUGCCUGAGUCACUGCCUACGGUGAAAUGGCUAGAAAGGGAUGUGUGUCAUUGGAUCCACUGCAUCGGGGAGCUACCAUCCUCCACUCUGAUGACUCCAUGACUUCACGGGAAUUCACGGUGGACUUUUACUGAUUUUGGGGGGGGGGGGGGGUUGUAAUUGACAAAUGGAUUAUUUUAUACUGUAUGCUUCUUGGAAAUAAACGUUU